AUGUUGUCCAUGCUCCGAGCCAGUGUCGGGGGUGUCCGCGGUCAAGUCCAACGACGAUUAUACUCGACCAGCAACUACUCUCAUUUAACCAGCACCAAGCAAGCUCUCAUUCCCAACUCUGGCGUUUACCCUGCCGGAUUCCGCGCCGGCGGUGUGCACUGUGGUGUCAAAAAGAAUGGCAACAAGGACGUUGCCCUCAUUAUCUCUGAUCGCCCUUGCUCCGGUGCUGCCGUAUUCACUACAAACGCAUUCAAGGCCGCCCCGGUCCUUGUGAGCCAGGCUACCCUUGCAGAAAACAGCAGCGCGUUGUUUGGUGUCGUGACAAACUCAGGCUGUGCUAAUGCCGUGACAGGUCAACAAGGUCUUGAAAAUGCCAAGCGCAUGCGCAACACGGUCGACAGCUUGGUCAACCAUUCAGCCAGUGCAUUGACAAUGUCCACGGGUGUCAUUGGCCAGCAACUGCCCAUUGAGAAAAUCGAAGCCGGUAUUCGUGACGCUUACACGCAACUAUCAAACGAACACCAAGAUGGUUGGAUGAAGUGCGCCGAAGCUUUCAUGACUACGGAUACGUUCCCCAAGCUGCGUUCUGGCCAGUUUGUUUUGGAUGGUAAGACCGUGACGAUGGCAGGUAUCACCAAGGGCGCUGGAAUGAUCCAUCCCAAUAUGGCAACCCUGCUCGGUUUCAUGGUUACAGAUGCCUACGUCGAACCCACCCUUUUGAACAAGGCGCUCAAGUACGCCACUGACCGAAGCUUCAACUCAAUCAGUGUGGAUGGUGAUAUGAGCACCAACGAUACCAUUUCUGUUUUGGCCAACGGCGCUAGCGGUGCUAGAAUCGAAAGCGAAGGACCAGCUUAUGAGAUAUUCCGCGAUCAGCUUACUGCUUUCGCUGCUGAUUUGGCACAACUUGUUGUCCGUGACGGUGAGGGAGCUACGAAAUUUGUCACUAUCCAUGUCAAGGGCGCCAACUCUUUCGAAGACGCCAAGCAAGCAGCGUCGCACAUCUCCACCUCCAUGCUUGUUAAGACUGCCUUGUAUGGCCAAGAUGCUAACUGGGGUCGUAUCUGCGCCAGCUUGGGUCACAGCGGUAUUCCUGUCGAUGCCACCAAAGUCAGUGUAAGCUUUGUCCCUACUGACGGUUCAGAAGCCUUAAAGUUGAUGAUUACGGGUGAACCUGAGGUUGUUGAUGAAGACCGUGCUUCUGAAAUUCUCAAAAUGGAGGAUCUUGUUAUUGAAGUAAACCUCGGUCUCGGUCAAAGCGAAACCAAGUUCUGGACUUGCGAUCUUAGCCAUGAAUAUGUUACCAUCAACGGCGAUUACCGUUCCUAA